AUGACGUCAACACUGGCCGUUCGAGCCACCGUAGCCCACAAUUCAUUACCGGUCUCCAACCGAGAAAGCACAACAUCGUCCGGCCUGUCCUCACGAUUAGCUGUGACCAUUGUCAUCCGUCCCACUGGCGUGGGCUCUGGGCCUUCUUCGUUACGUCUGCGUCCUGAGGGUGAUAGUGUUGGUGUAGUUGAGCCGAACCUGGGAGUGGAUAUGGUACGCUGA